AUGGAGGAGGAGCAGCAUCUCAAGCAAGAGCAGCAAGACACUUCCAAGUCCAAGUCUGGUGGUGGCGAGGAGGCAUCCUUUGGUAUGUGGCAAGCCGCUUCAUGUCUCAUACCAUCUCAGGGGCAGCAAGAGAAGAGUUCCAAGCUCCAAAGAUCAUCCACAGGUAACCAUAGCAAGGCUCGCAACUUAGCAGCAGCUUUGGAUGGAUCGGGUGAUCCCGAGUGCUCGCAAGGCAUGGCUGAGUUCGUAGCGAGCAUGGCGACGGUCAAGAACUGGGUGAACGCAAGCCUCAAGCCCAAGGACAAGGAGGCCAUCUCAAGCGCGUCAAGGUCAUGCAGCUUUUGCGGACUCAAGGGCCAUUCGGUCAUGGAUUGCUCCGAGACGCUCGAGUGCGAACUUAAAGAGCUGGAGAGGCGAGCGCUCAUUCUCGAGGACAUGAGUAGCGAGCAACGUCUCAAGCCAUCCGUGACCAGCGUAACAGUACCUGCGAAUCCAAGUCUUGUGCUCGUGGAUCACGCAAAAGCUAUUCCCGCUGCCAGCAUUCCUCCGGUUGUAUGGACUCAAAGCACCAGCCUCGUUCCACAAUCGGGUAACUUGUCUAUAGCUCUGCUUCACGAGCCCGAUCACAAGGUUGCGAGAGCCAAAGAUCAAAGAAAGAACGAGGAGAGUCCCAAGGGCAACACUCACAAGAAAGUUGGCCUCCAAAGGACUGGAACUCCGGCUAAGAAAGCAGCAGCUCCGCAAACCAGUGAAACACUUCCCAGCGUUCCCAAAGACAUGCUUGCUGCUAUCGAGUCCGUGAGGCUGUCAAGGUCCGAGCUAUGGAGAUGGAUGGAUUCUCCAGACUUCAACACAAAUGUGCGAGGGUUCUUCUUGCGGCUAAGGUUUGGAAGAUGGGAGAAAGAUCUUGGUGGAACCGGCUACAGGAUGGCACGAAUACGAGGAGCCAUCCGGAAGCUAGGUGGUGACGACAAGAACAUGUCCGUCUCCGUGGAUCUUGGAGACAUGGAGUGCACAGUGGACAGUCAGUACGUCUCGAAUCACUCCUUCACAGAGGCGGAGCUUGUGGAAUGGUGGAGGGGACGAUGGAAGGCUGGCAAGCGACUCAUCCCCGAGGCCGAGCUACAGGCGAAGCUCGCGCAGCAUCACAACUGGUAGGAUUUUGUAUAGCGCUUAUAUAAAUCUUCCAAAGGAUCGAGUUUAGUCUAGAUUUUGGAACAA